AAUUCGGAGGAGAUAAGUAAAUUGGCUUUGGUAUUGGCAGUGGCUUGUCAGGCAGUUUGAGUCGUGUUGUGCCAGGAAAUUUGUAGUGUCGUGUACCGUCCGCGGUUUGAGCACUCGUGCAAUAUUUUUGAUUGAUCGAUUGCACAACAUUUCAUAAAUUAAAGGGGUAGAAAGAAGGGAGCCUGUUGAACUGAAAAAUUGUAACAUUGUAACAGAAACAAGAGUUCUUAUAAUUCUAAGCUUUUUACCACACAAGUCUUAGCUCUUCGAGCUGCGUCUUCAUAGACUAGACCGUUCGCUCGGCGAAAGAUCCAAGCCGUUUCCAAGCUUGGACCGACCCAAGGUUUUGAACACUUGCAUCCGUCUUUAGCGUUGUGUCUGGAUAAAUGAGAAACAAUCAGACCUUUUUUAAUUUCUGUGUAUGCCCCUAGUGAUUUCGCGAGUCAGCUCCUCGUGUUGUAAAAACAGACGAAUGGAUUAUACGCGCUCCGCGUCAGUAAAAAUUAUCUCAGAAAACAUACAGUUCCAUAACUUAGACGGCGAACAUCGUAGUUUUUACCGAGAGGUUAACAUCAUCCAGGUGCAUGGGUCAUGCCGACCGAUGAUAGAGUGAUGUGAUGAAUAGCUGUGGUAACGCAAACGCUAGCACCAAGCUACGUGGAUCAAAGUUGUCUGAAGGACGUGAAGAUCAGCCGGGUAAUUCCCAGGCAAAUAACGAGGAAAAAGGCGACGGUGAUAUUGACGGUGAAGGGGACGGAGAAGCAGACGGUGAGGGUGAUAUUGACGGAGACGGUGAUACUUCACCUGGUUAUAAUAUUGGCGAUUCACUCAACCAGCGCCAAGCUGUUCUCAUCUGCCAGAGAAGUUCCACAGGGUAUUCCACCGAGCGUGCUGUUGCAAGAUUUAAAACCAGAGCCGGAGGUGGACCACGAAAUGAAUAUCGAAUGGCUCGUGGCGGAAGUACAGGUGAGCGAGGAGGGAGGGGGAGUUCGAGAGGUAGAGCUUUCAAGAAGACCUCGGAACGGGAGUCAACCUCCGAGACUGGGUACCACGCCACACCCAGAUCCAAGUUUCAAGAACCGCUGAAGAACCAAGAGAAUUCCCCCAACAAAUACUAUGACGAUAAACGAGUGAACGAGGAUUCAAGAAUUUCUAAACUGCUCCGACGAUUAUGCCGAGAAGACGACUAUGAUAAUUUUCUGGGACUUUGCAAGCAGCUGCGUGACGUAAUGGUGGCUCCGGAGAAUCAACGAUACGUGCGCCGAAGUAUGGAUCUGAUCUGUGAGAGCCUACUAGACACUUUACACUCUGGUCCUGGUCCGGAAGCAAAACAGCAAGCGGCCAAAUGUCUUGGUCGUGUUGGAUACGUUGUUGAUCAGGAUUUUAAACGGUACAUGGAAUGGGUAUUCAACAAAUAUUCACUGGAAAGAAAUGAUGAUGUGAAAUGCCUACUGAUAAAGUCGUUUGUCGAAACUUUUGAAAUGGACGCCAGAUCACCCAAGCUGAAAGAAUUUUCUGUACCAAUGAUGUCUGAACUGCAAUCUACUCUGGAAAAUGUAGACAGACCUGACCUUCUCACUGCUACAGUGGAUGCCAUUCUUUUAUUAACUGACACAUAUCCUGAAACAUUUUCCAACCACUUCCGUGACACCGUUGAUAUUCUGGUUGGCUGGCAUAUAGACUCUACUCAACAGAAGCCUGUGAUCGCUUAUGCCAGUCGUAGUUUGCAGAAGUUACGAAACUUUUGGAUAGGAGAUCUUGAUUUCAGUCUGACUUUGUUGGGACAAUUUUUAGAGGAUAUGGAAAGUUAUGAUGAAGAAUUGGCUCUCCCAGAGUCAGGGACAAGCUCCCCCGGUGGUGAAAUAUCUCCAAGUCCCCGAGAAUGUAUACUGAGAAUAACUUCCCUAAUAUCUGUAUUUAAUACCGUAACUAAAAGCAUAUCGGAUCACCUCAGCCCGAGUUUGACACCGAGCGUUCAGUGGUCAUUUUUAACGGAUUCUCUUUCAAAGAUGCUCAAAACGGUUGUUAAAGCUGUCGAACUGGACGACGGGAACGAGGCUUGGGUUAACAACUUGGGCCUCACUCGUGAAAAUACAGAAAAUCUGACAAGAUCCAUGAGGAGUAUGAACCUUUCCCAGAAGAACAUCGAAAUUCUUUUAAGAAAUCUUGGAAGAGAUGACGUGAACGAGGAGAGCCUAAUUAAGAUGAUCAAGUCGUUGAAUGUUGGCAGGAGAAAUGACCGAAAGAAUUCUAAAAUCAGUUCAGAAAAGGAGAUGCUAUCCAGCGAAAAAGAACAAUCGUUGAUAAAUCUUUUCAAGUCAAUGGAUUUGAAGGGAAAAAGGGGCCAGGAUCUAUCAGCGGAGAAAGAAGAGUUAAUUGUUAUUGCCAAUGAGUGCGCGUACCUUCUCCUCGGUUAUCUCCAGAGUCGCGUCACAAAGAAUCACAAUCUUCUCUAUAAAUUCAUAGACCUCCAACUUGAAAGAGUGAAUAUAUUUUGGGAUGAGACGAUCGUGUCAAUGCUCAAUAUGAUAGGUAAAGUGAUUAAAGAGGUCUCCGCUAAUCUUCCGCUGGAAUUGGUUCAUAAACUUCUCGGUCAAACAUCAGUUUUACUUGAGUUGAGAUUCAGGAACUCGGUAUCCAUACAAAAUGCAAGUCUUGGCGUUUAUCGCAGUCUUCUAAGCCUAAAAAAUAUACCACUGCUACAGGAAGCCUACAGAUAUAUAUUGGCUGACCUUGAAACUGCUUACAAACUGAUAGUCAGUAACAUCAAUGAAUUGGUAUCGGAUAACCCGUUAUUCAAUGUGAAAUACAAAAGGGGAGAUGCUGAGCUAGUCGUGAUAUUUUUACUUCGAGCUCUCUCUGAUAUUGCAAAUGCAAGUAAUUCUAUAAUUGGUAUGUGGGCUUUAAAACCUAGCAUUUUGGAACUAUUGGCUGUUAAACUGCGUCCGUAUGAUGCCUCAUUAGCCCUGGAGAGUCCGCUACUCCAGUAUACCGUACUUUAUUUGCUUUACGCCCAUUGUUCAAGAUACAACCACUUCGUCCAAAGUUCUGUAUUGAUAUCAGGGACAAACGCGUCCCGCCCCAAGGAUAUGUUUCCGGGAACAUUAGACGUACCGACUACGUCGCCGACAAGUGGCCACCUUUCCAUCAUUCUAGACCUUAUCGCAAAAACCUUCCAGAGCAAGACAUCGGACAAGGUUCUUCUUCUGUUGGCUAAUUGGACUCAAGAAAUAUUUAUUCAGGCCGAAAAUUACAUCGGAAUAUUGAACAAGACAGCAGAAUGUUACAAUAUUGUAACGAGCCUCGUUAGCUGUGGCUACACAACAAAUCAUGACAUUUGUUUGGCAGUCGGCAACAAUUUCGAGGUACUGAUGAGCGUGAAAAAUAUAUUUUGGCCGGAGAAAAUUCACUUGGAUAUUAUAGACUUAGCCAUAUUACAUCUCACGUCUUGCAAUCAAGACGUCCAUCGCAAAUAUGCUCGACUUCUGAUGAACCUUCCGCUAGACAUUGUCAUCCCAAGAUUGAAUAGAGCGUGUCUGGUCUCUGAGACAAAGAAGUCACAGGACAUCAAAAGCUACGCAAUGGAAUCCCUUGUAUUAUCUCAAAGACUACACAUGAGAGGUAAUAACAAUGGUGAGAUGCAAGCGCAGCACUUCCGAACUUUCAUGGCCUUCCUAUUGCAAGAAUAUUAUUUGGACAACGCGGCACUGUCUGAAGUGUUUACGUUGUGUUGGCCUACCGUGCAUGAGAGCCAGACGAUAGAAAAAAUCUAUGAAAUGGCAUUGGCAAAUCGAAGUUUCCUGCUGUUUUGGGGUGGGUUUGAGGCUGCACAGCAUUGCGUGGCUAACAAACUUCGUACACCACUCGGAAAGCCUCAAGAAACUUUCACAACCAUUGAGGGUGCAUUGAAGACGUUGGCACGAGAAAUAUCUUACAACACUGAAAUUGUGUCGAAAGAUAAACGUGGGCUAGACCAUUCCCUGCAUGAGCACACACGUGUGAGAUUGCUGAUUGAAUUUCUGGAACAUUUGGAAAGAGUUAUUCAUAAUGCCAGUGAAGGUUGCGCGAUGGCAUUACUCCCGCUAUCAAAACCCGUGCGAACGUUUUUUCAUACCAACAAAUCUACGUGUCGUGAGUGGUUGAAUCGGAUAAGAUUAGCUUUGUGCGUUGUUUCUCUUCACGCUGGAAUGGCUGCAAACGUACUGCGGAACGGGCAAAGGCUGAUGGAAGAUUUGGCAAACUCUGAUAACACCCAAGGCGCAGAGUUCGAGAGAGCUGCCUUGUGCACCGCUCAAGCAAUGGUGAAACUGGGCGAGGCGGAAGCUCUCCAAGGAUUGUACGUUUACACCAAGGAAAAGGAUAAAAAGUUCAUUUGGCUCAAAGCUGCAACCGACCAAGCCGCAGGGCGAUACGAAACUGCAAUCGAUAGUUACAAGCAAAUAUUGGAGGAACAGAGCUGUUGGUCUAUUGACUCUGACGAUCAAGAAUCUGUGAGCGCUGCAACCAAGACUGAAGGUGAAGUUCAAGUAGCUGCGUUUUGUAUGCAACAGCUUACAAAAUGCUAUCGUGCAGUGAGUGAUUGGAACCAACUAGAAGCAUGGAAAAUUAAAGAAAGUGAGAUACUGAAACACUCGUUCAAUAACGUCCUAGCCAAGCAAAUAUUUGAAACUGUCGUCCCCCAGCAAGCAAGGUGCUUGCAAAAAUUUGAAGAGGGAGAAAAAAUUUCGGUCGAAGAAUUAUCGAACUGGGCAUUGUUAGAUAAAGAGGCUAAGACAAACUGGAGCUGCACCAAAACUAUCAUAGAAUGUUCUAACACACUGACUAAUGUUGCAAUCAGACUUCGAAACGAUGCUUUUGAGGAUUAUCAUAACGAGGAUAUUGAGAAUUGCCGAAAAGUCGCUGAGAAAACAGCAAGCGAAAGUCUUCGUAGUUUACCAGCAGAGUAUCUAAGCGAUUCACUUUUGGUUCAGUACUCGGCUGCCGGUCUCACUGAUCUUAUAGCUGGCAGAAAUGUAAAUGCAUUCGAGUUCUAUCGGGCUGAUAAAAUAAACUAUCUCGAUUCCAACAUCCUUACACAAGUGCUGUGGUGGUCAGAUUAUUUUGCAAAGGCAGGUCAUACUCGCUGCACAGAAUUGGCUAGUUUGCGUUUGAACGUCGUGAGGAAUGCGAGAAAAGAGGGCAACUUCAACCUAGCCAAACGAGAAAUCCUGAGAUAUUUUAAAGAAGGUAUUGAAUAUGUCGACGUCAAGCCCACCCUCGACUUCACGUUCGAUGACCUCGCUGGAAGCAUAUUGAAUGGUCAUAUUCGCGUAAAUUGGACUAAAAAUAAUGUGAGAGCGUUCAAAGAAGUAUCAAAAUUAUUGUUCGCAAUGGAGAGUGGCGAUAAUGCCGUUAAAAUAUGCAGUGCAACCGCCUUAGGUAUAUCACAGGGAAUAGUCAAUGGUGAACAAUGCGCUGUGUUACGCGAAAUGGGGACCAAGCUACUUUUGACAUUGGGUAAAUGGAUACAGCAAGAUGACACCAAAAUUAUAAACAACUCGCAGCUUGAGGAAUUACUAACAUUUGAGGCAGUACAUAAUGAUGGUUUGAUGGAUAAUCUUUUUGGGGAAACAGCAGACGUAAUUCCCACCUCUGACAUGAUAGUUGGAAAGUUAGCCCAGCUUGGCGUUAAUCAAUGCCCCGAUCUUCCCAAAGCUUGGUGCAAGUUCGCAGCGUGGUGCUAUAAAUGGGGUCGUAAAAUCGUCGACAAUUCUAACUCUGGGCAGCUCACAGACUCGGACAGAGCUAACAUACGUUCCCUCCUACCAAUCGGUACCAGCGAUACUGACGUCAAUAUGAUAUUCUCAAUACUGAGUCAAAAUAAAACCAUCCCCGAGGAUGAGGGAGACAUAGACACGAGUGACGUUAACACGUCGGAGAUGAUUGAGAACCAGUUAAGAAAUGUUACCAUGUUGAACAACGCUAGCACCGAACGCCUCAGCAUGUUGGUUGACAUUUGGAGGCAGGCACAGAAACGAUUUUACUCGUACUAUGAGCUAUCGGCGAAUGCUUACUUCAAGUAUCUGGAAUUAGCAAGUUGCGGUGAGGCUAAUGAAUGCUCCAUGAUCACCGCCACACUGAGAAUCCUUCGCCUUGUUGUAAAACACGCACUUGAACUUCAAGGUGUCCUAGAAUCUGGUCUGUCCAGUACGCCUGCUUGUCCUUGGAAGGAGAUAAUUCCUCAGUUGUUUUCCCGCCUCAGUCACCCAGAAUCCUACGUUCGUACACGUGUUGCUGAGCUGCUGUGCCGAGUUGCUGAGCAUUCGCCGCAUCUGAUAACAUUCCCUGCGGUAGUGGGCGGCGUAGCAGGUGACAGAUACGAAGCAACGUCAUCAACUACCGCACCACUGUUGCCGACCGACGUUGAGACUGGCACUAUAAAUGCUGCGACCUCUUCACCCAUAGAAUUGGACUUUACAGAAGAUGAACGUUACGGCGUCAAUGACGACAGUCAAAAUAUUUCAAAUUCUUUUUUCAUGCCCAUGGUCGAUUGCCUGUCGAAAAAAAUUCCGGAUACCGUGAACCAGGUUCAAGUUCUUGUGAAAGAACUUCGAAGAAUAACUUUGCUCUGGGAUGAAUUAUGGCUGGCGACGCUGGUCCAACAUCAUGCAGAAAUUACCAGAGGAUUCGUCCAGCUGGAAUUGGAGAUACGUAAAGUUCGUGACAACGUAUCAUUAUCACCUGAUGAGAAGGAGCAACUAAUCGCGGAAAAACAUCGCAUUAUAUUAAACCCGAUUGUAUACAUUUUGGAAAAUCUACUGGCGAUUACCUCUGUUACUCCUGAAACACCGCAUGAAAAAUAUUUCCAAGAUAAAUUUGGAGCACAGAUCGAAGAGGUAAUGAAGAAGCUCACGGAUCCAAAAUCUCCCGGUAAACCACAGGAAGCAAGCGCAGCUCUGAAGCAAUUGCAGGCAAAGUUUACGCAAAAGGCUCAUAAGCGAGGUGCGUACUCGUUGAAAAUGGCAGACAUAAGUCCAGUUCUGGCAAACCUUAAGGAUACUGGUAUCGCAAUGCCUGGGUUAGCAUCCGGAGACAAUAGAAUCGUCACUAUCAAAUCAGUGGAUAACAAUGUCCAGAUACUCCCGACAAAAACAAAACCUAAAAAACUUGUAUUCCAUGGAUCAGAUGGCCACGUUUAUACUUACCUAUUCAAGGGUCUUGAGGAUCUACAUCUUGAUGAGCGAAUUAUGCAAUUCUUGGGUAUCGCAAACACCAUGAUGUCCAAGAACAAUGAUACCAGAAGGAUUUACCGUGCUCGUCAUUAUUCCGUAAUACCCUUGGGACCCAGGUCAGGACUGAUACAGUGGGUUGAUGGCGUGACACCACUUUUUGCCUUGUAUAAACGGUGGCAGCAAAGAGAUAGCGUUAUAACUGGUAAAGGAGCUGCGGGUGGUGUACUGAGACCCUCUGAAUUAUUCUACAACAAAUUAGCUCCGCUACUGAAAGAGAGAGGUGUUGCACUGGACAACAGAAAAGAAUGGCCACUUCCAGUGCUGAAACAAGUCCUGGCAGAACUAAUGGCAGAAACACCUAAGGAUCUUUUAGCAAAAGAAAUAUGGUGCAACAGCAUAAAUCCUGGCAGCUGGUGGCAGGCGACAAAAAAUUAUUCCUACUCCGUUGCAGUGAUGUCGAUAAUUGGAUAUAUAAUUGGACUGGGUGAUCGUCACUUGGACAAUGUCCUGGUAGACCUUAACACCGGAGAAGUAGUUCACAUUGAUUACAACGUAUGCUUUGAGAAGGGAAAGACCUUGAGAGUGCCUGAGAAGGUGCCAUUCAGGAUGACGCCAAACAUCAAAACUGCCCUUGGAGUAACUGGAGUUGAGGGUAUAUUCAGACUAGCUUGCGAACACACACUGAGAGUUAUGCGGCGAGGACGUGAGACUUUAUUGACUCUUUUGGAAGCCUUUGUCUACGAUCCACUUGUCGAUUGGAGAGCUGGCGCAGAGACAAGCAUUGCCAGUUAUGGAGCUUGUCAAGCAAGGGCCAGGUCUACCGGAAUAGGAAGAAAGCAACUGGAAAGAGAAAUGACCAGAGCAAUGUUCGCUGUCAGAACUGCAGAAAUGCGUGCAGAAUGGCUGGCAAAUAGAGACGAACUUGCGGCUGUGUUUCCCCUGCUACGAAGACAUCUUACUCACUGGAUCGAAGCAACCGAGGCUCUUCGUCAGUGCCAAGAUAUGUUGCAAGACCGGCAUCAGGAGUUGGCACUGGUCAAGGAGGCGCAGGCAAUGGGACGUAGCCAUGCUCUCUAUUCAGUCGUCAAAAGAUACGGAGCAUUUAAACGAGCCAGAGAUGCCAGGGACAGAGCCAAGGCUGCUCUACUUGAGAAAAUUGAAGAAUGCGAGAAACAUAUCAGCAUGCAUAACAUCGCUUUGACGGCAGUACGUGGCCCACAACUCGGACAGUGGCUGGCAGAGAUAGAAGUUGCCACUGCUCCAGAGGAUCAUCUUGUUUUUGACUUGGUUAAGGAAUUUCUACAAAAUGCUGGCCAAAGCCAGAUGAUAAUGCACUGCGAACAAUCAGAAAGCGAACUAGCUCAGCUCGCUACCCAACAAUCAUUACUGAUACGCAACUGUCUCGAUCUUCUGAGUCAAUAUUCAGCUAUCUGCAGCCUGUACCCCAUGAGUAUGAUGGCGCGCCAUAGAUCGGUCGCCUAUCACGCUUGGUCCAAAAAUUUGUUGGCUACUCGAACAGUCGAGGCUUGCCACGAGGCCAUGUCGCAGUUUGAAGCAAGUUUCUCACCGAUAACUGCAAAUAAUCCACAGGUUCAGCACAUCGUAACGUACUCGUAUCAGCUGCAAUCGGUUGUGAGCGAAUCUAACGAGCGAUUCAAGAAAGCAUGCGAACGAAUGGCGGCCGAGGAACUUCCGGAUGUGCUUGGUAUUAUAGAAAAAGCUUAUGCCGAUGCAAAAUCACACAUUGGCAGCUUUCUGAGGCGAGAAAAAGGCGCUGAUAAAGCCCUCGAGUGCGUUAAUAUUACGGCAUUAUGCGCGUUAAACAAGAGAUACCUGAUGAUGGAAGGAGCAGCCAAAUGUGCAGGUGAUUGUUUAGUGGAUCUGACCUCACGAGAGGGUGAUUGGUUCUUGGAUGAGAUGUGUCUCAUGUCCUCCCUAGUAGCUGAGCUUGCAACGUUUGUUCCCAAUACUCACAAAUCGAACAACGACGCAAAGAUUCCUUUAGUUUUGAAAUGCCUGAAAAGCGCUGAUUCCAUAUAUCGAGGUCUACAAGAAUUAAACUACAACUUUCACACUAUAAUAUUACCUGAAGCAAUGAAAACUAUUAUUACCGAGGAGCCAACUGUGAUGGGAAUGGUCACCGAGAUAGAAGAUAUAGUAGUCUCCUGUGGUCUUCCACCAUCUGAGAUACUUGCUCAACUGGAAAUGCACCUCCGAUUCACAGUCAUGGAAAUGGAAAGUCCACACGCCGGUAUUCAGGAACUUGUUUCAAGGAUAAGGCUCAGAUUUGAUACACUCUUAUCUCGCCCAGCCGAAGUUCGUGAUCCAGAUCAAGAUGAAAGCUUGACACCAGGUCAGAUGCUACUCAUGGGUUUCAACGGUUUAUUCGAGAAACUACAGAUGGAGGGAAACGCUCUCGUCGCCGCACUAGGUGCGCUAAACGUCCCGACAAGCUGGAGAAAAAUCGAUCAGAUAAGGGAGGCCAAGGAGAUGGCUUCUCCGAUAUUCAAUGAAGCGGCACGGCAAGUUAUAGAGGAUAUAUUCCUGAUAAAACGGUUACAGACUAUCUGCGAAUUUUUCGCAAUGUGCCGCGAAACCGGCGCCGCAUUUAAGGGUGGAUUCGCGAGUUCGUACGACGACCAAAGGCUCAAUAAACCGGUGAGGAUGUUCACAGCGGAUUACGUUUCCCGACAGCUACUAGGUGUCACCACCCAAACUUUGGCCAUCGCCUUGUGUUAUCUCCUGCAACGUAUGGGGCUGAAUGUGACCACCGAAAUUGAACAACGGGAUAUCGGUGCCGAAAGUAAGGUCUCUCUGGAAGAAUUGUGUCGUAAAAUUGUCGAUCUCUGUCUAAAGAGAGGAUUCUUCACCGGGUCCGUACUGGCGCAGGCAAGUGCUGCUAGCAGUGCUCUUGAGAGUUCCUGGCGCAGAAAACAGAGCGUUAGAUUGGCCCGGCAGGAAGUGGAUGUCGCACGUGCCACGGUACAAAGAAUUCAACUGCACCUCACCGCUCAUCAUUGGCUCCACGAAGACAGCCUGCUGUUGGGAUCAGGCGCAAACCCCAUCGGACCUUUGAAUCGUCCUAUCUUCAUGUUGGUUAUGCGAAAAACUGCUGCUGCAUUGACGGCCCUGCAGUCUCGAGUUUGCGAGGCACGGGAGCAACAACAAAGUCUCGUUUCGAGCGCAGGGCAACGGCUCAAGUGGGCAGCCGGAGCGAAUCCAGCUUUGGGUGAAGUUAUGGCGGCGUUUGAUAACGCUGUCGCGACGUCAUGGGAUAAGCUAACACACCAGCACAACCUGGCAGCGGUUGUGGUUAACACCUGCAACUCUAUACUUCACUACGAAGCAUUGAGAACGAGAACAUCCGAAAGCGUUUCGAACGACACGAGUUUUGUAUCGUUGGUUAAAAACUGGGAGAAGAGCUGUGAGUUGACUGCCAAUCUGACGACUGGUGUCACCCCGAUGGAAGAAAGUUUGGUAGAACUGUUACAGCUAGACGGUAACGUCGACGCUAACUGGCUGAGACAGGCGGAAAAAUUGAUAGCUGACGUCAUAGUUGAGACCCAGAAGAAGUUGCAAGAAAAAGAAGAUUCGCUUCUCAGUGCACGUGAUUCACUAAGGGAUCAGGUCACCCGUUUGCAGAGUGUUAUCCCCGAACACCAUAGAUUGAUGAUGGACGUAAGGUGUUUAUUAAAAACGAUGGCGAAGCAGGAGAACAUCCCUGGCUUACGUGACUAUUUGAUAAGCUAUCGAUCCUUCACCGAGAGAAUUUCCACAACAGUCAAGGAGUUGGAGUCCGACGGAUUGACUCCGCCUGGUGCAGUCGCUGCAAGAGAUGAGCUUGAAUUGCUGGAGUCUGAAACUCCUGCUUUGUACGAUGAACUGCUCAACUUUGCUAACCCGGCUAAACGCACCGACAAAGAAUUGCCAUGUAACAACAAAAGGUCUAGAUUGGUACGUCAAGACAGUAUAUGCCUCAGUCCUAGAAAAGGAGUUCCGUUGGUCAGGGAUCCGACAACAGGAAAAGCCGUGCAAGAGAGAAAUGCAUACGCACUGAACGUGUGGCGUAGGGUCCGCAUGAAACUUGAAGGACGAGAUCCGAACCCAUCCCGGAGGUAUACACCAGCCGAGCAGGUUGAGUACGUAAUCAGGGAGGCCCAGAGCUCGGAGAACCUGGCCUUACUAUACGAGGGAUGGACACCGUGGGUCUGAGAUUCACAAGAGCCGGCGCGUACGCGCCGCUGGUUCUAUUCUCGACUCGCGCGGUAUCACGUCAUGCUGUACCUUCCCAAAAACAAAUAGGUAUAAAGUUGCCUACUGACCCGGUGGCUAGAGCCAACCGCAGGCAACUUCUCUUACGAAUACGGGAACAUCGUCCAGCGUAUUAGCACGGUUACAGGUUGAACCGUGCUUGUGACAUCGAAUUAUCUCGCGAGCUGAUUAAAAAACACGCCCUCGAGUGCGGAUUUUACAAUUGUCUAAACAAUAAAAAACAAACAAACAAGCAAAAACCAUUCUAACAUACAAAAAACACAUUCACACGGUAGACAACUUCUCAGUGUGCAAAAUUAAUAAAAUCAAACCUUACACACCGAGUAAAAUUCAUUCCGAUGAAUUCAUCCGUGUCAAUCAUCGUAUGUUAUUCGAGGGCAUGCAGCCUAUCUAACUUUCUCUUAACUCUUCAUUUUCUUUCUCUCCUGUUUAGUAUUAUUAAUUUUCAUAAUAAACAUUUUUUUCGGCAAACAAACAAGAAAAAAAAAAACUCAAAAUAGUAGGAAAGACAAAAAAAAAAAAAAAAAACUUAAAACGAGUAAAUAAAAAAUGCAGUCAAUUUAAAAAAUUAAAUUGAAAGCGCGACUACUUCGGGUAUCAAUAAACAUUUUCUUCUAUCUUUCACGUCAAUUUAUAUGGAUGAGCGAAUAUUACUGUCGGAAUCUGAUCAAAUUUAUCAAUAAAUAUGAAUAUCAUGUGAA